AUGGGCAGGAUGAGCUCCUGCCCCUUGCAAAACGCGGGGGAGAUGCAACCCUCCAUUCGCUCCUCUGCAAACACGCAGAACCGCUGCGCCCUGGCUCAUGCUCCACGGCCACGUGCACCAGGGCUCUGCUUGAACAAUCCCGGCGCAAAGCCCUGCGCAGCGCCCUGCCUCAGUUUUGCCAUCUGUAAAAUGGUCGUUGCGACCUGCUGUGUAACGUACCUGGAGAUCACGACAGUGUCAGGAAAUGAGUUCCUCCUCCAGUCGGAUAUCGACUUUCUCAUAUUGGAUUGGUUCCACGCUAUCAAAAAUGCAAUUGACAGAUUGCCAAAAGAACGGAGUUGUACAUCAAGAAAUUUGGAGUUCAAAGUCAGAAGAUCCUCCAGCAUCGAAUUACUGAAUAGCUUAGACACUGAAUCCAAAGAACCAAAGCCUGAACACAGAAAAUCUUUAAUUUUCAGACUGAACUACAGUGCCUCUGAUACAAAUGACAGAAACCGAGUUAAAAGCAGAUUAAAGAAGUUCAUCUCCCGAAGACCCUCCUUGAAAACUUUGCAAGAAAAGGGACUUAUUAAAGAUCAAAUUUUUGGCUCUCAUUUGCACUUGGUUUGUGAGCAUGAGAAAUCUACAGUCCCCCAGUUUGUAAGACUGUGUAUAAAAGCUGUUGAAAAAAGAGGUCUAGAUGUUGAUGGAAUAUACAGAGUUAGCGGCAAUCUGGCAACAAUACAGAAGUUACGAUUUGUUGUCAAUCAGGAGGAAGAAUUGAAGAGCUUGCGUAGUACAGGCUCUUCUGCCAGGCUAAAUUUUUCCACUUUGGAGCGGGAAUCAGGUUCCCCGCUUGCACGGCAGGGAAAACGCAGUGCCGGGAUUCCCAGGAGCCAGCACCUGCUGCCCGCCCCGGCGCUGGGAGAGCUUUGGGGAGCCUUCGGCAGAGAGCUCGGCAGCAGCGGCGUGGGCUUUGGAGGAAACCCGAGAGUAACCUGCAAACCUGUCUCUCGAAGAGCCUUAUCAGAGUCUAUGUUUCAGAGACAGGCUGCCUGA